AUGGGUUUGACGUUAGGAUCAAGUCUACCAAGUGAAUUGUAUGACCUUAUUUUUCUCUAUUUGAAAUCUGUUGAUAUUAUUUAUUCAUUUUUCAAUUUAAAUGAUCGUUUUAAUAAUCUUAUUUACCCUUUUUUAUGCGGAAUAGAUUUAUCGAAUAUUGAUGAAUAUGCGUUGAACAAAUGUUGUCAAACAAUUUUACCAAACAUUCGACAUUAUAUUAAAGCAAUUAAAGUUGAUGAUAAAUAUAUUGACACUGUUUUUCCAUUAUUGUCAUUUUCAAAAAUAUAUCCGAACCUUGAAUCUGUUUUUAUAUCAAAAGUUAAAAAUGAUGGUAAAUAUUUAUCAUAUUUAAAACUGUUUAAACAAUUAUUAAAUUUAAAAAUUUAUUUUGAUCGCAUAGAAGAUCAUAAAAUUGUAUCAAAUGAGUUAUGCUCAAAUCUGUUUCAAUCUGAUUGUCAAAUACAAACAUUAUUUUUUUCCCAUGUUCACGUACCCAUCGAUCUUCAUAUUAUUCAACCAUGUCUUUCUCUUAGAAAGUUAAGAAUAAGAUUAUGUUCUUUCGAUAAUGUAUAUGUUCUGUUAAAUAAUUUACCUUCAAUCGAAUCUGUAAAUAUUGAUAUACCGCAUGUCAAAUGUAAUCGAAAGCCACAACAACAAGAACAAAAUGACAUCGAAUUUAAUUAUGCUAAAAAUCUUCCGUCGACAUUAUCAAAAUUGAAACAUUUUGAAUUCUACGCUAUUUUUACUGCUAAUUAUGAUUAUUUAGAAUUGUUAUUAUCUCAUUGUUGUUCUCAUCUGGAAUACUUAUCAUUGAAUUUAUAUAUUGACCAAUUUAUUGAUGGUGGACGUUUAGAAAAAAAGUUAUUAUCAAGACUAACAAAAUUGAAAGUAUUUCAUUUUUGUAUUCGUACUCCAGUUGUCGAUAACACAUUGAACAUAGACGAUUAUAUCCAAACAUAUAAAUCGUCUUAUUGGAUCACUAAUAAUCAUUCGAUUUUAUGUUUUAAUCAAUCACUGCGUAAUCGAUAUUAUUGUGUAUUUUCAUUGCCUUACGUGUUUCAUGAAUUCACUUAUGUUACAAAUGAUCUUGUUAACUAUCGAUCGAAUGUGAACGAUAAUAUUUUGUUAUACAAUAAACAAAACAAAGCGAAACAAAUUACUUUACAUGAUAGUAAAGUUCCAUAUACAUUAGAAUUUUUCCAGAUUAUCCAAAAAUCAUUUCCAAGAGCAAUGGACCUAAUAUUCAUUGUAGUUCCUGUUCGUUGUUUAAGUGAUACUUUACUGAAUAAGGAAUUGAUAAUAGAAAACGUAAUCUGCCUAAGGUUUUUUCCCGAUCAAUUAGAUUUUCAACAUUUCAAACGACUAUUGUUAAUGAUACCGAACGUUCUAAUGUUAUGCAUACCACAGCGUUUACUAUUAGAUGUAUUGAGAAAUUCACAAGAUUCUUCUUUUCAACAAUUACAAUCAAUAUUUGAUCGUAUUAUACGUGUCUGUAUUCGUAGACGUUCAUUCGAAUACAAUGCCUUAAACAAUAAUAGAAUAAAACUGUUCUUUCCGAAUGCUCAGCUUUCAGAAUGGAGAUAA